AUGUGGAUAUCCAAGCAACCUCGAGAUGGGACUGAUGAGAUCGAUCCCCUGGACACUGGCAUGAAGCUGAUGGGCCGAGUGGUCGUCCUUGUGGCAAUCAGUUCAUGGUGGGAGAGCGAUGAAGCUGGUUUUAGAGACGUGGGAUUGGUGCCUGCGUUUAUCCGGGAGAUGGUGUCAUUUGUCACCACAGACUCCGCACUCGGUGACCCAUGUGUGAACCACACCGUCCUGGAUCAGCCCUGGAGGAGCACGGAUUGUUCCAACACUGAGUGCAGCGAUGGGGCAUGGAUGCAUGAUGAAAAUCUUGCAGUGGGAUGGUACAGAUUUAACAGUUCUGGUGGAUGGAAGAUUCCGGAGACUGUCGUUCCAGUGAAUCACUGCUCCGGGAAGAGACCAGGCUGGUUAGCCGGUCGCCAUCCCAGCGUGAGAGAGGGGGAGGUGACCAGGACAGUCUGUUUCACCAAGGAUAAAAAUAUCUGUGAGAAACAUCAGGAGAUCAGGGUGAAGAACUGCACCGGUUACUUUGUGUAUCAGCUGUGGCCGUCACCCAACACCUCCACUGUGUAUUGCACAGGUAGGUCCCCGUUCGCCAGUCACACGGGUUCUCCUCCCCCGGUCUGACCUGUGACCCCACCUUGUCCAAUCGCUCCGUGGGUUCCAGCCUCUCCCCCUCACCCCUGUACCUAUGCUUCCCUCCCCUUCAUGG